AUGAAAGCAACUAGCCAAAUAGAAUUAGAACAAAUUUUUUUAGAUAUUGAAACAUCUGGAGAGAAUGGAAUUGAAGCUUCAUUCAAUUCUUUAAUAUCAUUAAUGGAUCCUGAAAUUUGGAAUCGAUGUGAAAACAAUACAAAUGCAGCUGAAGCUGCUCAUGCUUUAGCAAUUCGUACAAGCAAACAACUGAAACUUUUGACAGAAAUUUUACUAAAUUCAAGCUCAUUCAGCAGUUCCUUAUACGAGGCGAGACAGAAGUCAAAUAAAAAGACAAGUACUGCAAUAAAUCGAAAAGAAAAACGUAACCAAAAGAGUAAUGAGAAUUCAGAAAAAGCUUUAGGAAAAAGGAAGUACUUACGAUCUACUACUAAAAAAAUGCAACCAGUAAUUAUUAGCGAAAAUGAUAGUGAAGAAGUGAGACGUAUAUAUUUGGAACUUGAGAUAGAAGAAAGAAAAAUGAGCUUAAAGGAGCGUGAUAUAGCUUUAAAAAAAGCAGCAGCUGAAGCAGUAGCUAUUGAAUUAGCUAACGAAAAACUAAAGUUAUCACUUAAAAGAUAA